AUGCUGAAACAUACUUCAUUUUCUUCCGGUAGAAGUGUGCGACUUGAUGAUAGGGCAGCUGCUAUGUUGAUGUUAAGAUUUUCUCCACUGGGACAAAUUUUAACCGAGAUUUACGCUCAACUCUAUUCACUGACAGAUUUGAAAAUGAAGCCCAACCUCGCUGCACUAGACGAUUGGGACCAUAACCUUUACGAUAAGUCGCCGACGAUUCAAAAUGUGAAGAAUACUGGAGCCCCGGCUAAUAAUUGCGGAGUCAUCUCCUCAAUCACGGUACUGCUUGCCAUUGAGGAAAUCCGAAAGCUUCUUCAACGAAAAGCGAUGGCGGCGGAACAAAAGGCCCACGAAGAGAGAACGUUGAGGGACAAAUUUUGUUACGGUCUCCGAGAAAUGUGUCUACGCCAAACGGACGGCCGCCCGACUGAUUCGAUGGCGAGGGGAAAACAGCUGACGAAUUUAUGCUUGGACGAGCUGUCGUUUGGAUCAGGCGAAGCGAAUACUUUAGAAGCAUUUCGUAGGAUCAUUCAG